AUGCACUCUCGUGCGCCAAAAUUGUCCGCCCCUACGACCGCCUCGUGUUGGCUGGCCUCGAGUCCCGCCGUGGCAAAGUCGCCCCUCUUCCAGCCCUCCUCGUCUUCUCCACUCGCCUCUCUUCCGUCCAGACACACGGUACACACAGUACACACGGUACACACGGUACACACGGUACACACCGUAAACAUGGUACUGGACGGUACAGAUGGGACAGAAACAAGCCCUACAUUUCGCGUCUUGCCCCGUCCCCCCUUGCUUCUCAUGCCAGUGGUUCAGAAGACGCACGCAAUCGUUUGGAGCACGCAACAAGCUGACGAAACCACCAUCAUACAGACUACACACCCCUCGUCCCGACCAGGCCGGCCGAGUCAUCAUGGUGGCCCUCUCUUGGCUUGUCCCACUCCGACGUUCACUCAAGCGAGUCUUCUGCCAAUUCUGACGCCACAACCGGCCUCCAUGGCGCCGGAUCUACCGCAACCCUCGGCUGUCUCGAGGAGACAUGUCACCUGCUUGACACGCCUCGAUGAAACACGAAUCAACCUCGUUUCGAGUCCCACCUGUCCUUUUUCCGAUUGGCCGGUAUCUCCGGCCUCGAGCCUCCAGCGGACCUGGCGCCCGCAACCAGCCAAUUCAACAUGCCGAGGCAUAAGAGGUGGGAAGAGUUGGUCUGUCCUCCCCAGUUUGGCAAGCAUGGUCAAACUGUACAGUGACAUGCUGGCUGUUUUUAGAAUUGGCGUCUACGCGAAGACGGGGAUGCCAACAAGCGGCAAUUUAGUGGAUGAGCGAUUCUGGCCCUUGACCGGUCCGAGGCCACAUCGGCAACAGUCGACAACGUUUCCACCGGUCCCACCAGGCCCCAGUUUACAGGAAGACAUCGGAUGCAUUUGCCCUUUCGAGCCCCUCGAACAGAUGUUAGCGUUGCCACGGCUUCUGCUCAAGCGUGACGACGCUUGGACAAGCCUGUGUCCAGUCGACCGGCCAGCCGGCACCGGCAACCGCCAGUCUAGCAGAGUCUGA